UUUCUACGCUACGGUGGUGGCAAAGCUUCCAAUUGGCUUUCAUCUUUCCGGCCUUUCCAGAUUUUCUACUACAUCUUCUUCCUUUGUCUCUGUAAAAAGAUUCAUUCAAUCCCUUCUUCCGACUCAUCACCACUAUUGAGAUUUGUCUUCUUUAGUGGUAUGAAUACGGUGAUGGGUUUUUGAUCAUCUCUCACUCUGGAGAGUACUGUGCUUCCUUUUGGUUUAGAGCAUCCAUAAUCCAUAUGGGGAACCAUAUGGGUACCUGCUUGGAUGCUCCUGCCAGGAUAGGCAACGCUCACAGCACUCAGACUGCUUCUGCUUUAAGGACCUCAAAAGUUCCCUGCUCAACUUCAGCAGUUUUCUGCUUUUUCCUUCAAGCUUCAGGAGCCUCAAAAGUUACCAGCAAAACUAAGUCAACUCCAGCAGUUUCUAGUCUGGAAGUUCCAUCUUACGAUGAAAAUAGAAUCACUGGAAGGCUUCCUAUGCCUAAUUCUGAAGCUUCAGGGGCCUCAGAAGUUAGCAGCAAAACUAAACCGACUUCAGCAGUUUCUAGUCUUCCAGUUCCAUCUUACAGUGAAAAAAGCACCACUGGGAGGCUUCCUAUGCCUAGGUCUGAAGGUGAGAUAUUGUCGUCGCCAUAUUUGAAAGCCUUCUCUUUUAGUGAGCUAAAGAAUGCCACUAGAAACUUCCGCCCAGACAGCCUUCUUGGAGAGGGAGGAUUUGGUUAUGUAUUCAAAGGAUGGCUUGAUGAGCACACCCUUUCUGCUGCAAAGCCUGGAUCUGGAAUGGUUGUUGCUGUCAAGAAGCUUAAGCCAGAAGGUUUCCAAGGCCACAAGGAGUGGUUGACAGAAGUUAACUAUCUUGGCCAACUUCAUCAUCCAAAUUUGGUUAAACUUUUUGGUUAUUGCUUGGAUGGGGAGAAUCGGCUGUUGGUCUAUGAGUUCAUGCCAAAAGGCAGUUUGGAGAAUCAUCUAUUUAGAAGAGGGACCCAGCCAUUAUCUUGGGAAAUAAGGAUCAAAGUGGCCAUAGGCGCUGCUAGAGGUCUCUCUUUCUUGCAUGAUGCUGAAUCGCAAGUCAUAUACAGGGAUUUCAAGGCUUCUAAUAUUCUGCUAGAUGCAGAGUUCAAUGCAAAACUUUCUGAUUUUGGCUUGGCCAAAGCAGGCCCUACUGGUGAUAGGACUCAUGUCUCCACUCAAGUCAUGGGUACUCAUGGCUAUGCUGCACCUGAAUAUAUUGCUACAGGUCGGCUGUCUGCAAAGAGUGAUGUUUACAGCUUUGGAGUUGUAUUGUUGGAAUUGUUGACUGGCCGUCGUGCUGUUGAUAAAACAAAAGUUGGUGUAGAACAAAAUCUGGUGGACUGGGCCAAGCCAUAUUUGGGUGACAAACGCAAAUUAUUCCGUAUUAUGGACACUAAGUUGGAAGGGCAGUAUUCCCAGAAAGGAGCCUUCAUGGCUGCCACCCUUGCUUUACAGUGCCUAAGCUAUGGUGCUAAAGCCAGACCACGUAUGGCUGAGGUUUUAGCUUUACUGGAAAAAAUUCAAGCCUCAAAGAGUACUGCCCAACACUCUCAAUUUGAAAAGCAAGUGGCCUCCAAUCCUAUCCACAGAUCGCCAUUAAGAUACCAUCAUUUGCCUCGCAAUCUGCCACCCGGUGGUUCUCCGCUGCCAUCCCCCCGGCAAUCCCAAUGUGUACGCUAGGCAGUAGAUAUUUCCAUCCACUCUGGUAUUUGAUGUAAAUUUCAUUUACCCACCUUGCUAGUUCACUGAAAUAAUUUUCUCAGUUUUUGAUAAAGUGAAGUCUUGAAAGAUGGAACAUUGAGUUCCCUUGUGUACGCUAGGGCAGUAGAUUUUUCCAUCCAGUCUGGUAGUUGAUGUAAAUUACAUUUUCCCACCUUGUUUGCUAGUUUUCUCAAUGAUUUGCUCAGCUUUUGAUAAAGUGAGGUCUUGAUAGAUGGAACCUUGCCUUGUACAUGGUGCUCUUUUUCAAUCCAUGUGAUUAUUUUUGUUUAUUUGCAAUUAAAUACUAUAGUUAUGCUGUUGAUUAGCUUAA